AUACACCAACAAUAAUACAAAAUGCGAUACUGUACUGUAUCAGAGAUACAAUUUUGUUUGUUAACAUUUUACAACAAUAAAAAAGUAAUAAAAAGUAAACAAUAAGAUGGAUUCUUGUUUAUUGUGUUUGGAAUUAAAUAAAAAUUUAGAGGAUUUUAUAGAAACAAACUCCACUCAAUGGAAAGAGCUGAAUAUAACAAAGAUCAUAGAAAAACACUUUUGGCCAAUAGAUACAAUGUACUCAUGCUCUAAAAUGUGUUUGUCCUGCUGGGAGCAACUUGAAAAUUUUAACAAAUUCUACAAACAAAUAGAGGAGGCUCAUGAAAAUUUUGGCAGAAUUCAAAUUGAGGAAGAUAAAAUAUCAUGUAAUGAAAGUGAAAACUACUCAUACUCUUGUCUGGAACAGGAAAUGUCAAAAGAUCAGAAUUCUGAAAUAACAGAUAACUAUGUUUGCGAUAUAAGUGAAGAUCUGGCUAAAAAAGAUCUAUUAGUUGAAGAAGAUCAGAAAAAAGAAAUAGCUAACAUUAAUGCAGAUCCAAAUGAUACCUCAAAUUCCAACAAUAUAGAUAGUUUGGACAAUAAUGAUAUAGACGACAGUGAUAAUGAACCCGUUAGAAAUUCCUCUGAAAGUGUUAAAAAGAAAGUUAACAGUAAGAAAACAGAUAUAUUUAUAGCGAAAAACUUUCAACAAAUCAGCUGUGACAUUUGCGAUACACCAGCGAAAAACUUUCGCUUGAUAAGAACACACUUUCGAAAUGUGCACGGACAACGUGCAUAUCUUGUCUGUUGCAAUACAAAAUUCUAUUCAAAAUCUACUCUUGUAGACCAUAUACAUACUCAUUUAAAUCCUGAUUAUUUUAAGUGUCAACAUUGUGAUAGAGUUCUAGCCAAUCGACAGAGUUUUGAAAAACAUAUGGAGAAUAUACAUAGUCAAUUGCCCGAAGAGGAAAAGAAGUUUUCGGGUAUACAAUGUGGCAAAUUCGAAAAAAGUCUAAAACUUCAAGCAGAAAAUCUACAUGCAGUGGGUGGUAAACAAGAUCAAAACAAUACAUUGCAUCAGAAAAUAUCAUCAGGAAGGGUUUUACGGAAUCAUUCUAAAUUCAGUCAUGAAGAGUUAAUCAUAAAUGAUCAAAAUACCUUAGUAACAGAUAAUGAAGUUUCCAAUCAAAUACAAAACAAUUCUGAUAUAAAUGAACAUCUGGUAAAUAAGGAUCCGUUAGAAAAAACAACAAACUUCACAAACUCUAGUAAUAGAGAAAUAACAAAAACUACAACACAAACAAAUUCAAAGGAGGACCAAAAUAAAGAAAAAGAAUGGGAUUUUUCUAAAACCAACAUAUCGAACAGUGUAAAUAAUAAUGAUAAACUUAUCGAUAAUGGAACAAAUCAACAAAAUGUCACAAAAAGUGUUAACUAUAAAGAUGGUAGUAAGAAAAUAGACAAAUUUAUAGCAAAACACUUUAAACAAAUGCUCUGUAAUCUUUGCAACAUACCAUUUGAAAGCUUUUGCUCCAUGAAACAACACUACUUAAAAGUACACAAACAACGAUGUUUUCUAGUUUGUUGCAAUAAAAAGUUCUUUGAUAAAUGUCGCUUUGUUGAUCAUUUGCACACGCAUUUAAAUCCGAAUUAUUUUAAGUGUCAACACUGUGACAAAGUUCUAGCCAGUCGAGAAAGUUUGGAAAAACAUAUAUUCCGUAAACAUAGAACAAAAGGUGUUAAUCCACGAAAACAUGGAAAAGUUUCCAAAUAUAUAGAAAAUAAUACUGACACAAACAAGGAUCCGUUAUCAGAAUCGAAUUUUAUAAAUUCUAGUAAUAGAGAAAUAACAACAAAAAUUACAACACAAAUAAAUUCAAAGGACCAGAGUAAAGAAGCAAACACGAAUCCAAAUUCUUCUUCUAAUCUAGGCAAAGAAGAUGCCGCUUAUGAAUCGGAUGCCAUAAAUAAGAAGAAUGAUAAACUUAUAGCGAAAAACUUUAAACAAAUACUUUGUAAUCUCUGCAAUAAACCAUUUGAAAACUUUGGCAACUUAAUGGCACACUCGCUUAAAGUACACAAACAAAGUAGUUACAUUGUAUGUUGCAAUAAAAAGUUUUUUGAUAAACCUAGCUUAGUGGACCAUUUGCACACUCAUAAAAAUCGAAUGAAUUUGGAAAUACAUAUGCUGCACAAACAGAGAUCAAAAAGUGUUAAGUUGAAAAAUACCUGUGAGAUCUGUGGUAAGUCUUUUGCAAAGUCUAACUAUUUGCGCAGACAUAAAAUAUGUCAUGUGCCCCAAGAGGAAAAGAAGUUUCGCUGUGUAAAAUGUGGCAAAUGUUAUGCCUCUUCCUAUCUUUUGAAAAAACACCGAGCCGAAUGUAUGGUUUAUAGAAAAAAAUGUCAUAUUUGCGGCAAAACAUUUACUUCUAGUGGCGGUUAUAGAACGCACAUGAACAAACAUGUCAAACCGCCAACGAUUCUAACUUGUGAUAUUUGCGGUAUAGGUUUGUCCAGCAAACAAAAUCUAGAAUUACAUAAAGAAAAUUUACAUCCAGUGGGUGGUAGACAAGAUCAUCCCUGUCCAGUGUGUCACAAAAUAUUAGCAUCAAAAAGAGCUUUAAUCUAUCAUCAUAAAGUAAUGCAUGCCAUUGACUACGAUUACAAAUGCAAUAUUUGUGAAAAAGGCUUUAAGAGAUUAUUAGAUUUAAAAGAUCAUAGUGUCAUUCAUAACGAAACUCCUAAAUGUUCUUGGUGUCCGUUGACAUUUAAAUCACGUGUCAGUAUGUAUACGCAUCGCAAAAGGAUGCAUCCCAAAGAAUGGAAAGAAUCAAAACUUGAAAAAUAUUCGGGAAACUUACCACCAGCAUUGGCAAAAGUUAUUAAUCCAUAGAAAACCUUUUAUAAACAAUUUUUUUUUAUAAAAAUAAACUGUAUUUACAUUACAAUAUUAUUAAAAUUACGGAAAUAAAUAUUUACAAAAAUAAGAA